AUCCACCGAUGCAGUCGAUCGCAGUCAGACUCCAAAAACUACCAACCUUAACCAAAGAAAGCUAUCUAUAAAUAUCAGGUUAUUUAUUUUAACCCAAAUUAUUCCUGUUUCAGUUUCUUUUAUGCCCGAAAUCGUCAGACAGGAUAUUGAUAUAUUUCUGUAUUGAUUAGUCACGUCUUGGUGUCUGUUUUGUCAUUGAAACAUCAUGGAGUUCGCAGCAUGUCAGUUCGGCUAAGCUAACUGCUAAACUCUGAUAAACUGUCUUAAAGGAAACAGGAAAUCCUCUCAUUAGUUUAUUAACAGAAUCUUAGUGUCGGUGAUGUUGACGUCUGUGGUCAGAAGGUCUGUGAGGAGCAGCAGAAGAGUCUCUUUAGCUCAGUUCUCCAUCUUCUCGACAAAUCCAACCAGAACCCCGAACCGGACAGGGGUCCAGAAUCUCUCACGAUACCGACCACCUCCACUCCUCUCCCCGGCUCCAUCACACCUACCCAGCGGGCUGACCUCCAGAUCUGUGUUCCUGUCCCGGGUUUGUCAUGGAGGUCCGGACCCAGUGGACCAAGAACAGGAGGAGAAGUUCGGUUCUUUGGCCACUGACAUGUCCUCCAGGAGGUCGUUCAGGAAGAGUAACCCAGAAAUCCGGGAUAUGAAGCACCAGGACGAAGAAGUGGAGGAGGAGGUGGAGAGGAGAGCCUGGAGGAGCAGGGAGAGGAGGAACACUCCGUACUGGUAUUUUCUCCAGUGUAAGAAACUGAUUAAAGAGAAUAAGGUCAGUCCUCAUCACAUCUUCUCUCUGUCCUUCUACCCUCCAUGUUUAUCUGUUUCUGUUCUGACCCGGUCUGUGGUCCUCUUCAGCUGCAGGAAGCUCUGGAGAUGUUCAGCAGAGACAUGUUGAAGGGAGAGAGGCUUCAGCCGGAGGAGUUCAACUACUCUGUCCUGAUAGGAGGCUGUGGACGAGCAGGACAACUGAAGCUGGCCUUCAAGCUUUACAACGAUGUGAGGAGACACUCUAUGCAUACACUCAAUAAUAACAAGAAUAAUACAUUUUAUUUACAAGCACCUUUCUGGACACUUAACAGAGUUAAAAACAGCAGGAUAAAAGCGCGAGAGAAAACAAAACAAACAAAAGUAGAUAUGUUUGUAGAAAUAAAACAAACAAAAACACGACAAGAUAAAUUAUAAGGAGUGUGCUAAUGUGAGCAGGUGGGUUUUGAGUCUGGAUUUGAAGAGAGGGAGGGAGUCAAUUUCCUGGAUGUCAGGUGGGAGUGAGUUCCAGAGAUGGUGCUGAGGUGGUCAGGGAGCACAGUGAGGUGGCUGGUAGAGGAAGAUCUGAGGGAGCGGGAGGAGGUGGCUAUGUGGAGGAGAUCACAGAGGUAAGGUGGGGCGAGAUUGUGGAUGGCCUUGAAUGUAUACAGGAGGAUUUUAGAUUGGAUUUUGAAUUUAACCAGGAGCCAGUGGAGCUGCCCAAGGAUGGGGGUGAUGUGGCGGAAUUAGGGAGUUUUGGUGAUGAUACGAGCAGCGGAGUUCUGAACCAGUUGAAGUUUAUGGAGAGAUUCGUGAGGAAGGCCGAAGAGAAGAGAGUUACAAUAAUCAAUACAGGAGGUGACAAGGCUGUGGACGAGACUUGUGGAAGUUGGAAGAAUAUUGUGAGAUACUUUAUUAUACCAAUGAUGUGAGGAGAAUAAGACCGAUGUUCUCAUUCUCUUAUUGGGGAUGCUCUGGUAUUUUAGCUUCCUGGCGGGAGAUAAAGAAGAGGAUAGAAAAAAUUGGAAAGUUUAACUUCCACUUAGAUUUGAUGUUUUAUAUUUGUGAAAAGAGAACCAGGAGAUAACAAGGUCAGGAGAAAAAUACAGAUUUACAAUAAUGUUGGUGGGGACUAAAGAGGCCAUCUCUAAAAAUUGUCUAAAAACAGAUGAACCAAAAAUCGAGGAUCGGGUCGAGGUAAUGAUCGAUAUAUAAAGAAUGGAGAGGCUGACUUUUCAUCUCGACUAAAAACAGAAACUUUUAAAAACUCCUGGAAAAACUGCGUUGACUUUGUGUCCAGACUUUGUGCCGUAAAGACGUUGUGUAUUAUAGAUUAUUGAUCCCCUUGGUUCAGACUACAAACUUGUUUAUUGUUCAUUUGUUUAUCAUGUUUACCCUCCAACAGGAGAAAAGGGACAAUGAAACAGAGGAUUAUUAUUAUUAUUAUUAUUAUUAUUAUUAUUGUUAUUAUUAUUAUUAUUAUUAUUAUUAUUAAUGAAACAGAGGAGUGAAAAAAAGACAUGAGUGAAAAGUGUUUUAUUUUACUUCAGUUAUUCCUUCUUCCGAGAAGUAUGCUAAUAUUCUAUACAGUUGGAAAUUUGUUCAAUAUAUGUAAAAUGUUGAUGGAAUAUUGAUCUGUGAAAUCAAUUUAAAAUAAAUAAAAACUAAAUAUUUCUGAAGCUUCCAUGUAAUCUCUGUAAUCAUGUGUGCGUUUAUCUUACAGAUGAAGAAGAGAGGUCUUGUCGCCACAGAUCCGACCUACACCGCUCUAUUCAACGCCUGUGCUGAAGCGCCGCACAAACACGCCGGCCUCCAGCGUGCGCUGCAAUUGGAACAAGAACUCCGUCGUAAAAACUACCCUCUGAGCACCAUCACGUACCACGCCCUCCUCAAGACACACGCCAUCACCAACCACCUCCAAGCCUGCAUCCACACACUCAGGGUUAGUCCACAUGGUCCACGGGCGCAGGAGUUGGUUCCUCUGCUGAACUGUGUCUGUGAUUCUGAACGAGGUUGUAUCUGUUGACAGGAGAUGCUGCAGAACGGUCAUGUGGUGACUCAGGAGACGUUACACUACCUGCUGAUGGGUUCUUUGAAGGAGAAAGACACAGGAUUCAGACUCGCUUUACAGGUAAAUCAGACACGGUGCUGUGACUGUGAGGUUUUCAGACACAGUGUUGUAGUUUUGAUAAUAAGGUACCUCUGUUUUUUAUUAGGUUUGGUUGCAGAUGCUGAGGUCAGGGAUUCAGCCGAGCUUGCAGAAUUAUAACCUGCUCUUACGAACUGCAAGGGAUUGUGGGAUAGGCGAUCCUGCCCUGGCGACUCGCAUGCUGCUGAGCCCCGACAGUAAACACGAGAGACAGCGUGGAAAAUCAGAUCCGAGGCGGAAGGAAGUGAUAGACGUCGAUCUUCUGGAGAGUCAGUUGUUCAUCCAGUCUGAUCCACUCAGCGAGCGUCAACAGGACCGCAGAGACGGCGAAAAGGAGGAGGAGGAAGAGUCCAACUCCACCCAGCUGGUACCGGUCAGGCAAACCGUCACCCUGCCUGUGGACUCAGCGGCGGACUCCUCUUCAGCCCCGAACCUGCUGGACAUUUUUGAGGGUAAGAGGGGCGGCGUGGUCUCCCUCGGCACUGUGGACACAGCAUCAGAUCGGCUCGCUCUCAUCGGAGGAGCUGAAGGUUUCCUGGAGAAGAUGGAGGCGAACGGUCUCAGCCCAGAUCUCAGAACUCUGACCCUGCUGGCCGACACGAUGGAGCCGAGCUUCGGUUCUCUGCAGAUGCUGCUGAAGGUCGCGAAACAGCACAAAGUGAAGCUCGACAUCGCCUUCUUCAACUCUGUGAUUCGCAGAGCGGCUAGAGCUGGUGACCUGGAGGGAGCAAAGGUACACACACACACACACACACACACACACACACACACACACACACACAAAUCUGUUUGGAUAAACUCAGAUUGUAUUCUGAUCAUUAUUAUGCAAAACUCUACCCCUCCCAACCAGUUCUCCCCUCAGCUCCUCCUCUCCCCUCAAGCCCCGCCCACAAACAGACGCUCCUGCUCGCUCGUAUCGUUCCAAUUAAAUUCCGAUAUAAUGCAGAUAAAUACUUCAGAUCAUUACAAAUGGGGCCCAGUCAAGGUGAAAGUCAAAAGCAUUGGUGCUACUGUAGAUGCCAACAGACUACCAGCAAACACAAUGUUUGCAGGACUUCUACAACGAGGAUAAAGUGACAUAGUCCAGGACCCGAGGGAGGACAGUUUAGCGAUGGCGCUACAACACGCUACAGCAGGUCCGUUUGACAAGAAACACUUCUGUUACAGACACUUGUCUUACUUUGUUAAAGCGGUUUACCUGUCCAGCAGAAAGGUUACAGGGUCACCAAGAUCCCCAAGCGUCCCCCAUGGUUUAUGUUGACCCGGCUUUUUAGCUCUUGUCCGGUCUACCUCCGUUUUAAGCGCCCGUUAUUCCUCCAGAGUCUCCGCUAUUUACUUUGUUUUCUUGCUUGUGUCGGCAGUCGUGGCCAAAGGAGGAUUCAGACAAUUUUCCGAACUUUCUGGUUGGUUUCUACUGUCCGAUAUUGUAGCACGCUAACUUUGUUUGGGCUCCUGAACGACACGGGGGAGCAGCGUCUGCCUCACAACCAAUCAGGUUAGAGGAGGUGGAGAACGGCUUUGUUUACAGUCAGAAAGAGCGGACCGCUCAAAAAUGUUCAAAUGUUGACGACACAGACAGAAGAGAACACAGAGAUAUCGAUAUAUUACCAAAUCUCAUCAAUAACUAAUAACUAUUGACGGAUAUAAGGUUUUUUGUUUAAAUACACCAAAGGAAAAAAAAAUGCUUCUUUAACGGAAUCCUGCCUACCCCAGCUUUAAUUUGUGCUCUUGUGCAGAAUUAGUUUACAGUGAAUGAGAUUUAGUAUUGAAUGAAGUUCUUCUUAUCUGACCUUGAUAACCCCACACUGAAGUGUACAGGACUCAGCAAACAUAACAAAUUGACGACAGUUGCACCACAUUUCUUUCUUCUGUGAGCUCAGAGCUCCAGACUUCAGAUCUCAAACCCGUCUGUACCCCUUUACGGGUUCAGGGUUCGUUGAGGUGACCGAUAGAUGUUCCGUGAAUAUUUUCAUGCACUUCAUGUCUCCCUCCAGGGUGUGUUGAGCGUGAUGCAACAGCGCCACGUAAGUGUGAAUGUGCAGACAUUUGGAAGUCUGGCGUUGGGCUGUGACAAAGAGACAGACGCCCUGCAGCUGCUGGAACACAUGGAGGUGAUUACGCAAACAUCUGAACCAUGAAACAAACUCUCUUCCAUUUUAUCAUGUCUGGUUAGAGAGAAAGACCGAGUACCAACGUAAAUCUUAACGCUCAUUUAUUUUUAAUUACAGGAGGUGGGGCUUAAACCGAAUGUCCAUGUGUUCUCUACUCUGAUUGGCCGAGCAACUAAAAGACUGGAUUACCACUACCUGAAAACAAUCCUCAAGUGUAUGAGCAGGUCGGAGGUGUGGCCUAAUGAGGUCAUCAUCAAACAGCUGGAGUUUGCUUCACAGUAUCCACCAAACUAUAACCAGGUCAGCCGAGUCCUCACCCCUGUUUACUUCACUUUAGUUUGUUUGUUGAUAUGAAACCAGUAAGUCACUUAUCUGUAUACACUGUAAAUAUAAAGUGACUGUUAUGUAAGUUAUUGUCCCAUUUUCAAGAUCGAAAUAAAUUGGAAACCUCUCCUCCAUUCCUCCUUUCUUUUAUCCAUCUUCCACAGUAUAAGUCCAGAAACAACUACUUGAUCCAAAUCGAUGGUUUCCGAGGUUUCUACCAGCACUGGUUGAGAUACAUGCCGGCUCAGAGCGCUGAGGACGAGCGGGCAGCGCUGCAGUCGCAGAUGGACACUGCGGAGCUGAAACCAGAGGUCACAGACGGGCUGACAGAGAGCCAAAAACACCGCAGAGCAGCAGCAAGAAGAGUCAAGUCUCAUCAGAAGGAAAAGAUGAGCAGCUCUUCUGAAUAAAACUCUCAUUCUUCUUCUUCUCCGCACCUUGACAGUCUGUUUGAAUUCAGCUGUGAUAAAACCGGAGUUACUCUUGGUCAGAGCAAGACUCCGAAGUUCAGAAAUUUGACGUAUUCUGGAUAACUGUGUUUAUUCACUUACCAAGAAGAGAUAUUGAUGUAAAAUGGCUGAUUAAAGGAAAUUAAAACUGUUGCGUAACAGUUGAUAUAAAAUGUAUCUUGGAUGAAUGGAUGAAGGUAGAUGUUUUUACUGCAUUGGUCUCUCUGCUACAUUUUUGGCAGCAGAAUAAGCUCUCAGAAUCAUUAUUGCAGCGGUGGGUUAGGAGCAGGAGUCUACCUGAGCAACGAGGUAAAAAUGUCACUUUGAAGUUUCCCUAAUGGGUCUGAGGUGGUGUCAGUAAAAGUGAUUAAAUUAAUUUAACAGAAAAUAAGUAAUUAAAUUCCUUUUUAAAAAAAUUGUGUUUCUUCUGAGUGCUGCAAAUGAAUAUCUUAAACUGUAACGUUAUUCAGACAUUGUUCCGAAAACUAUGGGUCAGAAUUUUAAAAGGCAGCAGGGUAAUUAUGUUUUAUUCUACAUCCUGGAAAAUAAAAAAAGUUCUAAUAUUGUUUUGCCCAAGAGGUGCCCUGCAGCAGCACAAGUUGAAUCACAAUGAAAAGAGGUAUAAACAAUCUUAAAAAUACAGAAUUUUACGCUGUUAUUAUUAUUAUUAUUAUUAUUAUAACCAAAAAAAACGAAAUAAAUAGUUUUUGUAGAUUGAA